GGGAUGGAUAAGUGAAUUUUCCUGUAGGGCUAGGGGUUGGUCCCCUUGCUAGGAGUUUGCUGAAAGGACCUAAGAGGGGGAGCCGACGUGUUGACUGGACGAUCGGGAGGUGGGACUAGUUAAUGGUCAGCAGCAGAACUCGAGCCGCCCUCUGGUCUCUCGGAAGAGAACCGGAGAAACCGGACACCAGGGUCCCUAGUCCUUACUACCCAGCUGUGGGUUUUGUUUUGUUUGUUUUGCUUCUUUCUAAAGCAGUCACCCCCAUGGUCUAGACACAGCCUCGGCUGACGAUGUUAGAGAGAGACGGAGGCUUUGACAAUAAUGCUUGUGUAUGUGACAAGGACAGUCCACGGUGCUGUGGCUGCCGAGUUUGGUGGGGAGGAAAACUUUAAGCUGGAAGGUCUUUUAGCCUUUCAUGGUUGGCUCUCCUCGUUCACUGUAGAGGCGUUGAAGAGGCAGGUGUCCUUGUGGAGAAGGUGACAUUUUUUUCUUUUGAGAGGGCGAAUUUUUAAUGUCGAGUAUGGUGAUGGUGAAUGAAGGGUUCUUGAGUGAAUUGCAGUCCCAGCACCCUCUGUUGAUGCCAAGAGUAAUCUCUGUGGCGAUGAUUUGUGAGGGCUGAGGCUUACACUUCGGUGAUUAAGAAAUCUUCAAGUGUCUGUGUAAAACAUUGCUGCGGUGAAGCUUACUGUUCUGUUGAAGGGAUGGAUAUCAAGGGUUAAAUUGGUUUGAGGUUUGUCUCUUCUUCUGGAAUUGGUUGGAGGUUAGGCUCAAAAAAAAAAAAAAAAAAAAAAAAAGUUGGCCAAAGGGGCCUCUCUCUCAGCUUGUUUCACAGAAGCUAUGAUGUAGUAGGAAGGGGGUCAGAUUUCUUCAUGUUGAGAAUAAUGUGAAAAGAAAGUAUUUGCUUAGGUCUCUUGGCUCUUGAACUAGAAAUAGUUUUGGGUGAAAGGUAGCAGUGGGGUUUGAUUCAUCUUAAUAAAUGGGCAUUCCUUGAACUAUUUGUCAUAAACUAGAUGCAGUUGGGAAGUGUUUCCAUUUUAUCGCCUGUCCUUUGUGGAAAGGUCUAAUUUGGUUCUGUGAACUAGGUUCUAAAAUGUUUUCCCUCCAUUUGUUAUUUGCACUUCAUGCUUUGGGAACAGUGGAUCAAAAAGGGGGCCUGAAUAGGGAAGUACAUGGUUUGGAGAGAAAAUGGAGGGGUGUUGCUUAUAAGAACAGGUGUUUGGUUUGAUUGUUGUAGACAUGUUUCCACUGCUUAUUUGUUGCAUUUAUUUAAGUCACAGGGAAGUUUGAAUUUUGAGGGGCAAAACUGGAAUUUGACAUAGUUUUUAGUUAAUCUCUUCCUCAUUUCUUUCUGAGAAAAUCUGUAGGAUUGUGUCUAUUAAAUUGCUUUUUGUGUGGUUUAAGCCAAGGGAGUGUUUUAGAUUCUGCAUUUUUGGGUAAGUGGUUUUAUUGAAAAAAAGGGCUUGAUGGAACUAAUGGUGAUUGUCCCACUUACACUGGGAUUAUAUAGACAAUGCAUUUUCCUCCCUCUUUCUGCCAACAUUUGUUUUUCUUUCUCCCUCAAUUCUAGGGUUUCAUUUCUAGAAAUCUGGGCUGGAAACAGAAGCAGCAGUUUGUAUAAUCCCAAGAAUUUGCUUAUGCCAGGAAGCCGUAAGGGUAGCAUGAAGUGGGUGUGAUAUAAAGAUACUGCUACUACUUAAGACAUUUAACUGUUGAGGGAGUCUAGGGUCAAAUUUAAUUUUUGUUGAAUUUCCUGUUUUGUGUGUAUGUGUUAAUCUUUUGGUGGGCAGAGGAUUGGGUUGCUAUGGUGCUAACUGGUAUAUAUUAUGAAAGCAUUGGCAACACUUCAUGCUUUUACUCUAUAGGGAAGGGUGGUAAACAAGCCUCAAAAUGUAAAGAUGUUCUCAGGACGGAAUGUUCGUAGCAUGUACUCUUGAUCCUGCGAAUCCAAUGAUCGGUCUUCACCAGGACUAAAUGUUGAAUCUGUCCUUAUUAGUGGAAAUGUAACUGGAACCGACUCUGAUGAUAAAAUCAAGGACCAUCAGCAAGAUCAUGCAGUAGAAAAUUUUGGUUCCAAAUGAAGACCCCAACAUUUAGAAUUUCUACUUUUUCUAAGUUUGCAUAAUUGGCCUUAAAUGAGGUGAGAGUGAAGAAACUAGAGCCGUCUCUGGAUACAUCGCUACCCCACUUCCCUGUAAGCUACCCUCCGGAGUGCUAGAUUUGACCAUAUCUGUUUUGAGGACUCAUUAUGAACAAAGAAGUCUCCCAGGUGUGAAGUUUUUCAACAUGAGUGGCCUCGGGGACAGUUCAUCCGACCCUGCUAACCCAGACUCACAUAAGAGGAAAGGAUCGCCAUGUGACACACUGGCAUCAAGCACUGAAAAGAGGCGCAGGGAACAAGAAAAUAAAUAUUUAGAAGAACUAGCUGAGUUACUGUCUGCCAACAUCAGUGACAUUGACAGUUUGAGUGUAAAGCCAGACAAAUGCAAGAUUUUGAAGAAGACAGUCGAUCAGAUACAGCUAAUGAAGAGAAUGGAACAAGAGAAAUCAACAACUGAUGAUGAAGUGCAGAAAUCAGACAUCUCAUCGAGCAGUCAAGGAGUGAUAGAAAAGGAAUCCUUGGGACCUCUUCUGUUGGAGGCUUUGGAUGGAUUUUUCUUUGUUGUGAACUGUGAAGGGAGAAUUGUAUUUGUGUCGGAGAAUGUGACCAGCUACUUGGGUUACAAUCAGGAGGAAUUAAUGAAUACCAGUGUCUACAGCAUACUGCAUGUAGGGGAUCAUGCAGAAUUUGUGAAGAAUCUGCUACCAAAAUCACUAGUAAAUGGAGUUCCUUGGCCUCAAGAGGCAACACGACGAAAUAGCCAUACCUUUAACUGCAGGAUGCUAAUUCACCCUCCAGAUGAGCCAGGCACCGAGAACCAAGAAGCUUGCCAGCGGUAUGAAGUAAUGCAGUGUUUUACUGUGUCACAGCCAAAAUCAAUUCAAGAGGAUGGAGAAGAUUUCCAGUCAUGUUUGAUUUGUAUUGCACGGCGAUUACCUCGGCCUCCAGCUAUUACCGGUGUAGAAUCCUUUAUGACCAAGCAAGAUACUACAGGCAAAAUCAUCUCUAUUGAUACCAGUUCCCUGAGAGCUGCUGGCAGAACUGGCUGGGAAGAUUUAGUGAGGAAGUGCAUUUAUGCUUUUUUCCAACCUCAGGGCAGAGAACCAUCUUAUGCCAGACAACUGUUUCAAGAAGUGAUGACCCGUGGCACUGCGUCCAGCCCAUCCUAUAGAUUCAUAUUGAAUGAUGGGACAAUGCUUAGCGCCCACACCAAGUGUAAGCUUUGCUACCCUCAAAGUCCAGACAUGCAACCUUUCAUCAUGGGAAUUCAUAUCAUCGACAGGGAACACAGUGGUCUUUCUCCUCAAGAUGACACUAAUUCUGGAAUGUCAAUUUCCCGAGUAAACCCGUCCGUCAAUUCUAGUAUCUCUCCGGCUCAUGGUGUGGCUCGUUCAUCCACAUUGCCACCAUCCAGCAACAACAUGGUAUCCCCCAGAGUAAACCGCCAACAGAGCUCAGACCUCCAUAGCAGCAGUCAUAGUAACUCUAGCAACAGCCAAGGGAGUUUCGGAUGCUCACCUGGAAAUCAGAUUGUAGCCAGUGUUGCCUUAAACCAGGGACAGGCCAGUUCCCAGAGCACUAACCCCUCCUUAAACCUCAAUAAUUCUCCUAUGGAAGGUACAGGAAUAUCUCUCGCACAGUUCAUGUCUCCAAGGAGACAAGUUAGUUCUGGAUUGGCAACAAGGCCCAGGAUGCCAAACAAUUCGUUUCCUCCUAAUAUUCCAACAUUAAGCUCUCCCGUUGGCAUGACAGGUACUACCUGUAAUAAUAGUAACCGAUCUUAUUCAAACAUCCCAGUAACAUCUUUACAGAGUAUGAAUGAAGGACCCAAUAACUCCGUUGGCUUCUCUGCCAGUUCUCCAGUCCUCAGGCAGAUGAGCUCGCAGAAUUCACCUAGCAGAUUAAAUAUACAGCCCACAAAAGCUGAGUCCAAAGAUAACAAAGAGAUUGCAUCCAUUUUAAAUGAAAUGAUUCAGUCCGACAACAGCUCUAGUGAUGGCAAACCUCUGGAUUCCGGGCUUCUGCAUAACAAUGACAGACUCUCAGAUGGAGACAAUAAAUACUCCCAAACCAGUCACAAACUAGUGCAGCUUCUGACAACAACAGCAGAGCAGCAGUUACGGCAUGCCGAUAUAGACACAAGUUGCAAAGAGGUACUGUCUUGCUCAGGCACUUCCGGCUCGGCCUCUGCUAACUCUUCGAGCGGCUCUUGCCCCUCCUCUCAUAGCUCACUGACAGAGCGGCACAAGAUUCUGCACAGGCUCUUACAGGAGGGCAGCCCCUCGGAUAUCACCACUUUAUCUGUCGAGCCUGAUAAAAAGGACAGUGCGUCUACUUCUGUGUCAGUGACUGGACAGGUACAAGGGAACUCGAGCGUAAAACUAGAACUGGAUGCUUCAAAGAAAAAAGAAUCAAAAGACCAUCAGCUCCUACGAUAUCUUUUAGAUAAAGAUGAGAAAGAUAUAAGAUCAACUCCAAACCUGAGCCUGGAUGAUGUGAAGGUGAAAGUGGAAAAGAAAGAACAGAUGGAUCCUUGUAACACAAACCCAACCCCAAUGACCAAACCUGCUCCUGAGGAAAUUAAACUGGAGUCCCAGAGCCAGUUUACAGCUGACCUUGACCAGUUUGAUCAGUUACUACCCACACUGGAGAAGGCAGCCCAGUUGCCAGGUCUGUGUGAGCCGGAGAGGAUGGAUGGUGCGGUCACCAAUGUAACGAUCAAAUCAGAGACCCUGCCAGCUUCGCUUCAGUCCACCACUGCCAGACCCACUUCCAGGCUGAAUAGAUUACCGGAGCUGGAAUUGGAAGCAAUUGAUAACCAGUUUGGACAGCCAGGAACAGGUGAUCAGAUUCCAUGGGCAAAUAAUACAGUGACUACCGUAAAUCAGAAUAAACCAGAAGACCAGUGUAUUAGUUCACAAUUAGAUGAGCUUCUCUGUCCACCAACAACAGUAGAAGGAAGAAAUGAUGAGAAGGCUCUUCUUGAACAGCUGGUGUCCUUCCUCAGCGGCAAAGAUGAAACGGAGCUAGCUGAACUAGAUAGAGCUCUGGGGAUUGACAAACUUGUCCAGGGAGGUGGAUUAGAUGUGUUAUCGGAGAGAUUUCCACCACAACAAGCAACACCACCUUUGAUGAUGGACGAAAGACCCAACCUUUAUUCCCAGCCUUAUUCUUCUCCUUCACCUACUGCCAAUCUCUCCAGCCCUUUCCAAGGCAUGGUCAGGCAAAAACCUUCACUGGGGACUAUGCCUGUUCAAGUAACACCUCCCCGAGGCGCUUUUUCACCCAGCAUGGGCAUGCAGCCCAGACAGACUCUGAACAGACCUCCCGCUGCCCCCAACCAGCUGCGGCUUCAACUUCAGCAGCGCUUGCAGGGACAGCAGCAGUUGAUACACCAAAAUCGGCAAGCUAUCUUAAACCAGUUUGCAGCAAACACUCCCGUUGGCAUCAAUAUGAGAUCAGGCAUGCAGCAGCAGAUUACACCUCAGCCACCCCUGAACGCCCAAAUGUUGGCACAGCGCCAGCGGGAGUUGUACAGCCAACAGCACCGACAGAGGCAGCUAAUACAGCAGCAAAGAGCCAUGCUCAUGAGGCAACAAAGCUUUGGGAACAACCUCCCUCCCUCAUCUGGACUGCCAGUUCAAAUGGGGAACCCCCGUCUUCCUCAGGGUGCUCCGCAGCAAUUUCCCUACCCACCAAACUAUGGUACAAAUCCAGGAACCCCACCUGCUUCUACCAGCCCGUUUUCACAACUGGCAGCAAAUCCCGAGUCAACCUUGGCCAACCGCAACAGCAUGGUGAACAGAGGCAUGACAGGAAACAUGGGAGGACAGUUUGGCACUGGAAUCAAUCCUCAGAUGCAGCAGAAUGUCUUCCAGUAUCCAGGAUCAGGAAUGGUUCCCCAAGGUGAGGCCAGCUUUGCUCCAUCUCUCAGCCCUGGGAGCUCCAUGGUGCCGAUGCCAAUCCCUCCUCCUCAGAGCUCUCUGCUCCAGCAGACUCCACCCACUUCUGGGUACCAGUCACCAGACAUGAAGGCCUGGCAGCAAGGAGCAAUGGGAAACAACAACGUGUUCAGUCAAGCUGUCCAGAGCCAGCCCACGCCUGCGCAGCCCGGAGUGUACAACAAUAUGAGCAUCACCGUGUCCAUGGCAGGUGGAAACACAAAUGUUCAGAACAUGAACCCGAUGAUGGGCCAGAUGCAGAUGAGCUCUUUGCAGAUGCCAGGAAUGAACACUGUGUGCCCUGAGCAGAUAAAUGAUCCAGCACUGAGACACACAGGCCUCUACUGCAACCAGCUCUCAUCCACUGACCUUCUCAAAACAGAAACAGAUGGAACCCAGCAGGUGCAACAGGUUCAGGUGUUUGCUGACGUCCAAUGUACAGUGAAUCUGGUAGGCGGGGACCCUUACCUGAACCAGCCUGGUCCACUGGGAACUCAAAAACCCACGGCAGGACCACAGACCCCCCAGGCCCAGCAGAAGAGCCUCCUUCAGCAGCUACUGACUGAAUAACCACUUUUAAAGGAAUGUGAAAUUUAAAUAAUAGACAUACAGAGAUAUACAAAUAUAUUAUAUAUUUUUCUGAGAUUUUUGAUAUCUCAAUCUGCAGCCAUUCUUCAGGUCGUAGCAUUUGGAGCAAAAAAAAACCCACAAAAAAAAACAAAAAAAAAAACAACAAAGGAAUUCACUUUUGUUGGAAGAUUGAGAGGUGUUUUUGUUUCUUUCUUUGUAAAGGCCUUGGAUAUUGAAAAAAAAAAUAACAAGGCAGAACAGUUGGACAAUCUAUUUCUUGAGCCAAAUUUAAUUAUUCUUAUUUUUGUAAUCAGUCAUUGGCUUCUUAUCUGGAUGAAGGCUUUUGGAGGAGAACCAAAACGACGAGUUCCAAGGGGAAGAUGAAGCCCCGCCCCUGCUGGCUCAGUCCUGACCCUGACGAGGAAGAAGGGCCCAAGGGCCCGGUGGGGCUUUGCCUGUGCCCGUCCACCAAAGGCUGUCACGUGUGUCUGAAUCAACAGCCCUCCCCUUCCCGACCCCAGGCAGCUUGUGUGUACAAUCAGCUUCUUCUAGCAACUCUAUAUCUGUUGGCUUCAAGAGAAUAUUUUGCCUCCCAUAUGUACCCCUUCUCCUUUUUUUAAAGAUGGAUUUAAACCAAGAUGCCUCCAGGAAUGAGGACGAAAUGAGUAUAUUCACAGAGGAAUCCAAAAAAUACAGUUUGGGGGAAAAUGCAAUAAUUUUUGAUGAGAUGGGUGAAGGACAAGAAACAAGUUCUGUCAAUUAUUGUAGAUAACAAUUUUCUGAUUAAAUCUGGAAAAAAAAGGCAGCCUGUUCUUUCUGCUUUUAUUGUAUUAACAGCUAAGGUAGCUAAAGUUAUUUAAAAUAAAGUUAAAUUUAUGAUCCAAGUAGCUUAUUUUUCCCUUUAAAUCUCACUGUAAAUAUACUUGAUUUCUUGUAGAAAUUGAUUUCCUCCUGUUUAAUUUUAUGGUUUUAUUAUCAUACUCUUGAUUUUUCUAAAUUUGUGUGUGAAUAUAUCAUUGAUUGAAUUGCAGUUACAUUUGGCUAGUAAGAUUUCAUUAUUUUAAUAACUGUGAUGCCAUGUAUGGAUUUACUUUGAGGUUCAAAUCAAAAUGCCACUGCCAGAAAGAGCUCUUCCAGAUGAGCUAGAGCCUACUGCCCUAGAGUGUCCCUGGGAUCAUCUAACUCGAGACAGUGCAAGGAAUUAACACCAGAAGUGCACAGGCUACUUGUACAGAGAAAAAUCAGUACUCAAAAAAAUCUUCAUUUGUUUUAGAUUGACUUUGGGGAUUUGAAUUUUCAUCAGCGCAAAUACAAAUUUCUCUAUCCUACUCUGAGGCUAACUGGUACCGUAUUUUCCCUUUGUGUCUUGUCACUCUGCCACGUCUUGUCUCAUCCUGGCCUGUGAGUCAAGGACCCAGUGAACUGCCUCUAGUUCUAGAAGUUCCACUGCAAGGCCAGGAAAGCUUGAGAAAGGUAUUGUGGAAGAAGCAAAGGUAGAUCCCCCCAUCACUCGCCUUUACCUGCACCCCGGGCCUGUGAAUGAUGACAGCAUCUGACAUCGUGCGCCAGCUACCUCUGCUUCCACAGCAGGGAAGAGACCAUAAGAACGAACAGCGGAAGAGGAGCAUGGACUCAGACACCAAGGAAGAAGCCAUUUUCCCAGGUCCUCCUUUCUGCAUCUCACCACCCCUAGUUACAAAUAACUCCAUUGACAGCAUCUACUCAGAAACUAUAUGGAAUAAAAAGAUUGCUGGAAGGGCUUACAUGGGUAGCAACUAUGAAACAGAAAUAGGACACUCAGUUACAAACAUUAUCUCUUUUAGUUUUUCAGAAAAUGCAUCCCUGAUUUCAUUCAUUCCCAGCUUGAACGCCCAGCCAUAUUACUCUAGUCCUUACCAAACUGCUCUAGGAGGUCAUUUCUGUUUUGUUUGUGAUAUUUAGAUGCGCAGACUUCAGGAAGUUCACCUUUAACUUCAGCAUUCCAGAUGAAGUUUCCUGCCUCAGUGCUUUUGCAUAAGGAACUAGUUUUUAAAAGCGGUAAGGAAAAUUGGAGAUGCUAAUAACAUCCUCCCAUCCCAACUGCACCUGAAAGUAUGCAUGUCACCUUCAAGGUUUUAUAAUUGCACUGUUUGUUUUAUGUAUGUACAGAUUAAAAUUAUUGCUACAUUUGAGGAAAAUAAAAUUGCUUGCUUCUAUGUAAUUCCUGUCAUUCCACAGGAAAUUCACUUUUCCAGCUACUGAAUAGAACUUGUUUAACAACCUCC